AUGCCGUGCUGUGACGCUGCAUUAGCUUAAGAAAUCACAGACGGGCGAUCAUUGUAUCAUUUUAGCUUUCUAAUUCAAGCUUAGGUUAUAUAUUCUUAAUUAUUGUGAAUGUAUCAAUAUCAAUAUGUCUUCGACUGAAGUUGACUGGGGUAAAUAUGUGGAUGAACAAGAGAAAUUGUCUGCAAAGGUAUCUAGUCUAAAUAUAGAUAAGGAAGUUAAAGAAAAUGCGGCGAAUACAGAUUCUAAAAAUGAUGAUGGAGUAGAUGAGCAAAUCUCACCAGCGGAGAAGUCGUUACUUCAAAAGAUUAUACGUAAAGGUUUAGUAGAAACAACACAGGACAUAGAAAUUCAAAGAAAGGAUCCGUCUUCACCUUUGUAUAGCGUUAAAACAUUUGAAGCUCUUCAUCUUAAACCAGCAUUAUUAAAAGGAGUGUAUGCAAUGGGAUUUAAUGCUCCAUCAAAAAUUCAAGAAACCGCACUACCUACCUUACUUGCUGAUCCACCACAAAAUAUGAUUGCUCAAUCACAAUCUGGAACUGGUAAAACAGCGGCAUUUGUAUUAGCAAUGCUCAGCAGAGUUGAUACUACCAAAAAUUAUCCUCAAGUACUUUGUUUGUCACCAACUUAUGAACUAGCUAUACAAACAGGAGAAGUAGCAGCAAAAAUGUCUGCAUUCUGUAAUGAAAUAAAAAUAAAAUAUGCUGUAAGAGGAGAAGAAAUAAGUCGUGGAUCAAAGAUUACAGAACACAUAAUCAUUGGAACACCAGGAAAAGUUUUAGAUUGGGCUGUUAAAUUUAAAUUCUUUAGUUUAAGUAAAAUAUCAGUUUUUGUUCUAGACGAAGCAGAUGUGAUGAUCGCGACACAAGGUCAUCAAGACCAAUGUAUACGUAUUCAUAAGCAACUUCCACGCACAUGUCAAAUGAUGUUUUUCUCUGCAACAUAUGAACCAGAAGUGAUGAAGUUUGCAGAAAUUAUAGUUAACAAUCCUUUGAUAAUAAGAUUAUUGAAAGAAGAAGAAAGUUUAGAUAAUAUUAAACAAUAUUAUGUAAAAUGCAAGGAUCUGGAUGAAAAAUAUGCAGCUAUUACCAAUAUAUAUGGUGUAAUAACAAUAGGACAGGCAAUUAUUUUUUGUCAUACUAGGAAAACAGCUAAUUGGUUGGCUGAAAGAAUGACAAAAGAUGGUCACGCAGUAGCUGUUUUAUCUGGAGAACUGACAGUUGAACAAAGAAUUUCAGUUUUAGAUCGUUUUAGAGCUGGUCUUGAAAAGGUUCUUAUUACGACUAAUGUUUUAGCCAGAGGUAUUGAUGUCGAACAAGUAACAAUAGUUGUCAAUUUUGAUUUACCAAUGGAUCAAAAUCGGCAAGCAGAUUGUGAAACGUAUUUACAUAGAAUUGGUCGUGCUGGACGUUUUGGUAAAUCUGGAAUUGCCAUUAAUUUAGUAGACUCGUCGCAUGCAAUGCAAUUAUGUAAGGACAUAGAAAAACAUUUUGGAAAGAAAAUACAAUACCUUGAUGCCGAAGAUGCGGAUGAAAUAGAAAAAAUAGGAGUCUAGGUAUCUUAUUAAUAAAUAAGAAAUACGAUCAUGCUUUUUAUCAAAUAUGCAAUAGAUAUAUUGUAAUACUUCCUAAAAGAAUAGAUAUUUGUAUUCUCAACGUGAAUUCUUUGUAUUUCUUUUCCAAUAGCACAUAUUAUCAACAGAUAUUAUAUGUUUACUUCUUUUUGUAAUAAUUGUAUAAUAUUCUUUAACGAUUUAAAAUAUGGCGAUUGGAUCAGGAAUAUAUACAGAGUUUAAACAAUAUAAAAAAUAAAGAAAUAUUUUUAUAUGUUAUACAACAAACAACUAUUUGGCGCAAAGAAAUAUGUCCUUAUCUUUGUACCAUUACGUAACUUUAUUAAUUAAUAGAAAAAAAACUAAUCAUUCCUUUUUAAUUUGACCACAUAAUCUAUUGGACAUUAAUUUUUAAUUAUACUAAGGAAAUAUUACAACGAUAUCGUGAUGAUAUUAUCACGAUUUAUAUAAGUACAAAUAAUACAAGUAAAAAUCAGUUGUAAUCAUUAAUUAAUAAUUAUAAAGUAUUAAUUAUUGAUCAUAUUGAAGCAAAUAAGUUGUGACUAUUGUAUCACGCCUUUACCGAUAUAUUUUAAAACAAUUUCUUUGACAACAGUGUAGAUACAGAUAUAGUUAAAAAUACGCGAAACGUACAAAUGAAAUUAAAAUGCAAUGGUGUGACAGAUUAAUGAAACAAAAUAUUCAAUGCCAUUACUGUAAUACACUGUUUUUACAAAGUUUACAAUUACAAUUACAAUUUACAAGGAUAUAUGUGUCAAAAUAUUGAAGUACGGCGUGUAUUAAUUUUUUUUUUUAUGGAGUUGUAUGAAUCACUUGAUCAUUUUUAAUCCAACAAAAUUUGUAUAUUAUUUACAUUGUAUUUCAUAAAUGUAAACAUUUUUUUCCCAUAAAAUUCUCUCAAAUUCGUAAACUUUUGUUUUUAAAUAAAAAUUUCUGAUUAGAUAGGAAGUCUUUUUCAAAAAUAACCAUGACAUAUUUUAAACAUACAUUUAUUAAGACUAAAAAAAUCGAAAUAAAUUGUGUGACAUCUCCCGACGUCUUUGCGCGCGUUCAAGUUCUUCUACAUCAUUUCAAGUUCCAAUUCCAAUCGUUCUCUCUUUGGUCGGCAACUAGGAUGGGUACUAGCCUUGUGUCGAGUCCUCACAGUGUUCGUCCUUAAUAGAUCAAUUCCGAAGAUAUAAAAUCACCAGCUGCAAGUGGAUGUGGCUAACCAACGGAUCGAUGACGAUCACCAAUGUUAAGCACGCACCGUAUGGACCCGACCCUAGGAUGGAUAGACCAAUCAUUUCUAUGCCCAACUUAAAAGGCCCUAACCCAAGCUAUUUGGAGUAGGGGAUUGCCACCAUCAGCCCUACGAUGAGUAAGUCUGACUGGCAACUCUACUUUAUCGACAUGAUUCCAAAACCGUCGCGUUCCCAUUGCGCGCUGUAAGUCCUGGCAUUUUUAUUAAAAAUAGCAGAGGUCCCUCCCCUCCGGACGUUUGACAAUUGUAACACGCUUAAAAAAAGUAUAAAAUAAAUUGGCCCUUCUAUCCUAUUGCAAUGUUUAUCAUUUGCGUUAUUACUCAAUCCAUCAUGUUGAUGGAAAAUUAUAUAAAA